AUGGCUAUCUCAAAUUUAUCAGAGGAUAUAGCAGAAAUCAGCCUUAUACAUCGUCAACAUUAUGAAAAUUGGGUACUGUGGCGUAAUUUAACAUUGACCCUGUUAAUACUUUGUACAGGAAUAUUUAUAUCCAUUGAUUUAUAUAAUAUAUCUGAUGGAAAGAAUAUUUUUAGCCUAAAUCAUGAUGAAAUAAUAAAAUCUCGAUAUCUGUUUAAGAAAAUCCUAACAGAUAGUCGUUAUACUACUGAAAAGAGAAAAAGUAGCGCAACUUAUCUAGUGAGCGAUCAGUUUAACAGUCAUAAUGAUUGGAAUAUCAGUAAAAAUGGAGAAAGGCUAAACAGAACUCCGAUAGGAUUUCAUUAUUCAGAUGGUUUGCACAGAGGAAAUGGUCAUCUAUAUCAUAUGGCUAAAACAUGUUUAAACAUGGAGUCUAUUCACUGGAAUAUGAUACUAUGGAAUGAUAAUGCCUACUAUAGUCGUGAAGCAUUUAUUCGGGUAGUUAAUCUACGCAGCGAAGGCUCUUAUGUAUACUUUGAAGAUACAGGUCUGUUGGAUAGCAAAAUCUCUUAUGAAAAGGAAGUUACUCAAAGGUUUGACAAUCUCACUUUCCUUUUGCCAUUUUCUACCGGUUUAAGUGUUCAUGUGAAUGUGAACAAUAUCAGAUUGCUUCCAGAAUAUGAAGACGUAGAACACCCCGCUAGCGAUAAUGGAAUUGUUUUAGAUUCUUCAAGAAAAUCUAAUAUGCAGCAUUGGCGUAAACCAUUGGAAACCAUCAUCAAAACAUCAUGUCGGCAUCCUCUGCCGAAACAAUACUACCUAGCUAUGCAUCCAUAUUUGGAUCGACAUACAACAGCUAGAAGACAUGUCUGUCAACUGAAUUCACAUAGAUCUUAUCUCUGUCCUGCAAAUUAUCCAAGUGGAUUUGUAUUCUAUGAUCGGUCAAUAAAUGGACAGUGUACACAAAAUAAAGCCUCUUAUCUACCUCCUCAGUUGAACAGUUUUUACUGUACAGUCAAUUCACCUUUAGUUAACCAGUUAUUUCAGGAAACAAUUGUUGAAAGUCAGUCAUAUUUAAAAGAUAUGCACUGUGAUACACAACGUCGUAUCUGUCAGACAUGUUUGAAACAAUCCUGUCGAAGUAGCAAACAAGAAGGGAAAUCAGAAGCAAAUUUGAAACAUGUUCAAAACGAUGUAACUGGCAGCCAUGGGGAUAUUGUCAACAACUACAAAUUUGGUGACAAAGCGAUUAGUGAAACCUUAUUACAGGUUAACGAUAUUGUACAGAAUACAUGGGCUGUAUCAAAUCCUGACUGCUGCAAUGUUAAUUGCUACUCCAAUCCUAGCUGCCUUGAUUAUUUCGGUGCCCGGUGUGAAUUGUAUACAGGCAGACAUUCGAAUGCAACUGAAAUAUGCUUACAAGGAAAAACGUUAAAAUUCACUUUGAACCCAGAAUUCGAACUAAACAAUGGAACUUAUACGUGCCACGUACGACAUACUUCUCCGAAAAUCUUGUACACCGUUGAAACAUGGCUAACUUUAGAAAUUCCAAAUCCACUUAAUUUCAUUUGGCAUAGUUCACGCUUGAGACAUGAAAUUCAUUUAAUGAACUUAAAGAGAUUUCCAAGUCGUAAAAUAAAUAGAAUGGAAGAUCGCAUACAAGUCCUACAGAAAAUAUUUCAAAAGCAUGGUGCUAUACAACUGUGGAAUGGGAUUAUUUAUAUGGAGCACAGAACAGAAUUACCAAUAUGGAAUGAUGCGAUUGUCCACAGGUCUGUUGACAAGGAAAUUUCUCUUUAUCAGCUGAAGAAUUUGAAAGAUUUUGGUAAAGAACUCCCUAUACUUCAAAGACACAAGGAAGAAAAAUAUAUAGUUGUUCAGUUUUCAAAACCAUUUCAAUUCAGUACUGCUAAUUGGGGUAAUCAAACGUGUGAAAUAAACAUAAGUCAUAUUCAUCGUUCACAACCUAUUUAUGCUGAAUAUUCUAAAGUGCCGGUGAAACUUGCAGCAGGUAUUCAGAAAACUAUUUCGAACACAUUUUUGUAUACUUUUAAGGAUGUAGACAAAGGAUCUACUAUUGAAAUCAAAACAAACAAAAAUCAUUCCCUCCUAUAUACUGCUGUUUGCUUAAAUGGUUUGACAUUUAAACCAUUAAAGUAUAGCAAAUUCAAGGAAGAAAUGAAUGCAAGAAACGAUGGUAAACAUUCAGAUAAUACAGUUGGUCGUCUGAAUUCUGAUCUACAAAUAUCUACGAAGAGAUUGAAAACAAAUUGUGAAUUUAAUGCAACUUGGAGAGUGGAAAUCUCAGGUUCAACAACACACAAACCAACAUAUAUCCAUUUAAAGUUAUUUACUGGUUCACUGAAAUCAUCAUCAUCAUCAAAUGAAGGCGGUCCGUUGAGAACUAAUCAGCAGGAAAAUAUUUUACUGGAAAAAGAUUUAAUUCUUCUUCAUGAUACUUUUGAUUCAGCUUUUGGAAAGUCUGAAAAUGAUAGUGAACAUUUUCGUAUUCAAUUUCAUGUUGAACAAAUUCAAUUCCCGUUUGUAAGUUCACCUACACCCCGGUCUAUAUUACUCAUAAUUCAUAUACAAGAUUGUUUCACGGAUUACUUACUCAGUACACCUCUAGAGUUUUCAGAAAAUGUUAAAUCUUCAAGGUCAAUAAAUUCUGAUCUGAAUAACAAUAUGUUGAACCACUAUCUACCAAGUCGUGUGGAGUCCUUACGAGCGGAUAAAAUGCAUUUGCCAUUUGUAAUUACAUGUUUAGUUAUCGGCCUCACUUACAUAAUUCUUCUAACUAUAUAUGCUGUACUGAAGAUAUGCCAAGGGUCUCAUAAACUUCAUGCACAUGGAAUAGUUGUUAACGGCGCAAGAAAUUAUAUUCCCACAGAUGAAAUACAACGCAGAGGGUAUUCUCCAUUCUCAGUCUGUACCACAAGCCUGCUAGGCAGUGGUUCACAAUCAAAUCUAACAUGUCCACAGAAAUUUUUUAUCAUGACCUAUCUGUGUUUUCGUGUGUUUUACACUUUUCUUUUCACUAUCAGCGUUGGAUUAUCAUUUGUUCUCAGUAUUGAAACUGAUGCGACAGUGGAAUUUACCUCAGCAGUGUAUAGUAAUCAUUUCACAACAGUAAAUACAUUAGGUAGAUACAAUGAGAAUUUUGAUGUCAAAUUGAAUUUACCUUCAAUGAUGAGUACAGUGUCGCUUCCAGCGGAUAUAGGCAAUCGAUGGCGUGGAGCUAAGGUAUGGGUAUUGGAAGCCGCCAGAAUGGAGGACUUUUCUCACUCAGAAUUAUUGAGACAAAUACAGAAAGGAACUAGCCAGAUCUCAGACUGUGGUAAAAAUUAUGAAGAGCAUAGUAAGCAACUGUCCAGGUAUAUGUUGCACAUUGCAAAAAAGCUUAUCAGCUGGUUAAGUCAAGCAAACGUCAACAGCAUUGCCAAUAAUAAUAACAAUAAUGAAAAUGCUAUCAAUUACAAUUAUCACUACAAUUCUAAUAAUUUGUUUUAUGAGGACCCGAUUGGGAUUAGUGAGCAGGAGAAGAAUAAUUCGAAUCGUGCUUGGACAUUAAAUAACUUGAAUGCUCAAAUACCAACAAUUGAACAAGAAACAUGGAACAACUUGGAACGUACCAAUUGGCUGCCGUAUUUGGACACAGUUGAUGAUUAUUUGAGAAAGACAAGAGAUGAUUUAGACACAAAGGUCAUCGACUAUUGGGCACCUUACGAUCAACUCUUGGCAAAUCUUCUCAUCAAUCCUUGGAUUGCACCAGCCCGUCGGGCAUUGAACACUUCAUGGUUACAAGAGAAAAGAAUUUCCUUCAUGGAUAGGACAUAUUUUGGUUUGGUUUCAAAUGAUUUCGAUUCUGAGGAAGACAAUCAAUCAUCGAACGAUUUGUCCAUGUUGAAUGGAGCCAGAGAAACUCGCUCAUUAAUGCUGUCAAAUUUUAUUGGUGUUCCACAGCCUGCACAUGCUCGUUUAGCUGGUACAAGAAUAUGGAACAGUUUCCGUAAUCUGGUCCCUGGCUUACCAAGUAAAUUUUAUUAUAAAUUAGAAUCAAGUUCAGCAGCUGCUUCAAUACCAUCAUCAUCAUCAUCGUCAGUUGUCAGUAAAGAAAUUGAUUUUCACGGGAAGAAGCCCAAAUUAUAUCAUGAUCACCGUCAAAUGUUAUCCAAUGAAGACUGGUAUCAUAUACCAAGUGGACAGCUUGAUUCGAAUGAUAAACAGAAUAUUGCCAAAUUUCCUGACUUCACUACACAGUUCUAUCCAUUUGCAACAACAGUGACAAAGAAAGGUGGGAAUUCUCAAAUGAGUGAUACAAAUGCUUACUUUUUAACACUUACUCAAGUUCGUCUCCUGCUGCUUCUAUUAGAUGCCAUAAUCAUACUGGCCAGAUGCUGUCAAACCUUUGAAUUUAUGCGCAAUAUAUGGUUUGGUGGCACAAGGUUAAUCAAUCCUCAUCAGUCAGUCCGUAGUAUUAAUGAAAAUUCACAAGUUAUGCUCGAGCAAUUUGAUACUUCAGGUCAAUCACAACAACCACAUAUUUCUGGGACUCAUCAGUCCAAUCAUCACUAUCAUCUUCAAGAAAACAUACGAUCACCAAGACGCAUUCCAUUACCUAUAGGAUCUUCACCGUUCUUGCAUCCUGCUUCAUGUUCAUCAAGUAUACAUGAACCAAAUCAUCACACAGUCCAAAUUGAGUUCCAGACGUCAACAAAUGGAAAUUAUAACGAAUCGGCGGUUGUGAAUCAAGCUGUUCGCUUAAGUGAAUAUGAAAGGAAGUCAUCAACUGGCAUCAAUCAAAGUAGCAGCUCAUCAACUUUAAACUUUGAUAAUGGAACUGGCGUUUUACUGCUUAUAACUGGUAUUGGUCUGUUGUUCAUUGGAAUCGUCUUGCUUUGGGCUACUGACCGGCAUAUUCGACCAGGAUGGUUAUUGGCAAAAACGGGUGUAUUCGCUCGAUCACGUGCACUUGAAGACUGCAGGCAAAGAACGAAUGCCAUAUUAAAAACUAUUCAACCGAAUCAUAUCAAUAUGGAUUUGAUUAGAUCAGCCAGAAUCAAUGCAGCCAGAGAGGCUCAUUGGAUGAAUCAGUUGACCAACAGACUGGAACAUGCUCAAACGUAUAUACAAUUACAAUUCAUUACAGAAUUGUGCUUACUACAAAAAGGUUUAGCUAGUCACUAUUAUGUGUUGAAUCAGCCACAACCAGGACGAAUUCAUCUACCAGAGGCACACGAUGCGAAAUUGACAUUCUCAGCUUGUGAACUAAUUGGUUCAAAUUCCCAAUUUACUGAACAGGCAUUGUCAUUACUGUCCAAUUGGCGGUUAGAUCCUUUAACAAAUAAGCAGAUUAAGCAUACAUUAAAAACACCAAUGUGCCAUUUUUCUCCAAUUGUUCCUGCUACCUAUGCUGAAAGUCACUUGUCACGUUUAUUAAGAAUGACCACUUUCAACGGAAAAGCACUUACAUCAGAGAAAAGGAAGAAAGGCAAGGAACCAGUCAAUUCAAACAAUCAAACUGAAUUUAUACAAACUGAUAGAAACCAAUUAGACGUUGACUAUGAACAACUGACCACAUCAAUCGGAAGCCUGUCAAAUCUAAUUAAUGCUGUUUAUCGUUUGCUGUUAACUAGUCUGACAGUAAUGGUUGCAAUGGGUGGACUGUUGGUCUGUCUGCAUAUGAUUUCAAUACUUGCUCGCAUAGUCAUACGGAUCCCGGUGCGCAAGAUUUAUUAUGUAUCCAGCUAUCCACCGUAUACAUCCAUAAACAGUCAUACAUGCUUGCUAACUGCUUAUCACAGUACAGAAAAUCAAUCGACAUAA